AUGGACACCGCUCCGUUCGACUGGGAUGUUUUCGACAAGAAAGCACAGCAAUUGGCUGACACGGAUCCCGUAUACGUGAACGCAAAGAGUGAUCCUUCGACUUUCCUCGCGGAUGAGCGCUUUCACUCCUCCUUCAUCUGCCCCCGGACCAAGAAACGCGUCACCUAUGCCGACAUAGGCUCGACAAGCGGAAAACCGGUUCUUUUCUUCCUCCAGAGUCAUUGCAGCCGAUGGGCUGCGAUUCCGCGGGACAUCGUAGCCACCGCCUCAGGGAUACGACUCAUUGCGAUGGAUAGACCCGGCUGCGGCGGGACGGAGGUUUGCGAGUUGCAUGAGCGAGUCUCCACGGCGUAUCAGAUGAUCCAAUCCUUGAUCGAGCAUUUGGAUCUCACAGACUUCGCUCUCCUAGCGUACUGCGCCGGAUUCAUCCACCUCCUUGAGUACCUUCGCACACACGCGGUGGAACUCGUGACCCGGCGAGCCAGAGUAGUGUUGCUCUCACCGUGGGUCCGAGGCAACCGUCUCUUACCGUUGAUUCCCAACUUCCUCCUGGAUUGCGAAGAGCCGUACUGUCGCUUGAAAUUCAAGGUCAAGGACUCUAUAUUCGAUGCCAAACAAUCUGUGAAGAAGAGGAUUCGCCGAACUCGCGAAUUGUGCCGUACGGCAGCCAGCCGUGAUGAAGGCGGAGGAAAGGCAUCUGCAGUUAUCGAGCAGGACUGGGUCAAGGUGUUCUACUCUUUUGAGAAGGGUACUCCGGCGCGUGUUGCUUGGCAAUGGACCAUGGUGGAAGAGCAGGACCUUUCUCCCGAAUUUCACCUGUGCAUCGGCAAAUCAUUACCUGUUGAACACUUCGGCGAUGAGACGACGGGUGUCACAUGCACGGUGGGAUCCAAGGAGUGGAUGGAGUGGUGCCUGAGAGAGGUCGAGCGUAAGGUGCGGGAAUCAGGCAAAAACGCGCCUACCGACGUGGACGGUACGGAUCGGAAGAUUGCAGUGUUCGUUUGGUGGGGCGAGGAUGAUUGGUACAUGGGCAAGUCUGAGCGAGACUACCUGCGCGAUUUGUUCAGAACCGAUCCCAUCUCCAGUGUUUUCAAAUACAAUGAUUGGGAAAACUGGGGAGAUCAUUACGCACCCUUCGGCAACCUGUGUUAUUUCAGCGAAGCAUUGCACGUGGCUCGAACGGGAGUGGGACCAGAAAAUCCAGGUGACAGUGGUGAUGAUGCAACGAGCGACGAGAAAACCCCUGGUGAUACGGUUCCGGAGUAA